UAAGAGGUUGUAAACUCGGGUGUUUUGUAGAUGGUUGCAUGACGUAGAUAGCCUUGGCGGAGCACCGGAGAAACGGAGUUUACGGAGCUUCAAUAAUUUCGAAACCACACCCUGCGAACAGCGCGCGCCUUUGACUCACAAAGGUAUACGUGCCGAUCACGACUUCUUCUUGAGUUCUCACUCAGUGCUGUUUCCAGAACAUAUUCGAGAGUCUAGAGCAACAUCUCAGGGAAAAUGGCAGCCACCAACGACUGGACACCGACGUCGUGGCGUUCAAAGCCCAUCAAGCAAGAAGUCGUCUAUGAAAACCAACUCGCGGUCAACAAGGCCGUCACCAAACUUACCAACCUCCCACCGCUCGUCACUGCACACGAGAUCUGGAAACUACGAGCAUCUCUACGUGAUGUAGCACUCGGCAAGGCCUUUCUUCUCCAAGGCGGUGAUUGUGCCGAACUCUUCUCUUACUGCAAUGCCAGCUCUAUCGACAGCAAGACCAAGCUACUGCUGCAAAUGUCCUUGGUGUUGAUUUACGGCUCGAACAAGCCAGUAGUCCGUAUUGCACGUAUGGCAGGCCAGUACGCAAAACCCAGAUCUUCGCCCAUGGAAAGUCAACCCGAUGGUACCAGGAUCCCUUCUUUCCGCGGCGACAUUCUGAAUGGUUAUCCUGCUGAGGAGAGAGCAAUUGAUCCCGGACGUCUCGUUGAAGCCUACUUCCACUCUGCCGCAACCUUGAACUACCUUCGCGCUCAAUUGGCGUCUGGUGUCGCUGACCUGCACAACCCCUUGGACUGGAACUUGGGUCACGUAGCAGACCCUGAUCUGGCCGAGCGCUACCACAAGAUCGUCGACUCGAUUGCAGAGUCUCUUCGUUUCAUGCGCACAAUUGGCGCCGACACAGCAGGCCAACUUCAAACCGUCGACCUGUACACUUCUCACGAAGGUCUGCUACUCGAAUACGAGAGCGCCAUGACUAGAGAGCUCCGUCAUCCCCCCAACAAAUUCUCCGCUUGUGCUGGCACCCCUGUCGAGGCACGCAGCACCCUCAGCGACUCGGAAGACGACGAGGACGAAUCUGGCCACUACAACACCUCUGCUCACUUCCUCUGGGUGGGUGAUCGCACACGCCAGCCCGAUCACGCACACAUCGAAUACUUCCGCGGCAUCAUCAACCCCAUCGGCAUCAAGGUCGGUCCCACAACCUCCGUCACCGACCUCUGCGAACUACUGGAUAUCGUAAACCCAGACAAGGAGAUUGGAAAAGUCACUCUGAUCACUCGUUACGGCGAGGGCAAGGUUGCAGACUUGCUGCCCACACACAUCAAGGCAGUGAGGGAGAGCGGACAUAUCGUGGUCUGGCAGUGCGAUCCCAUGCACGGCAAUACUAGAUCUACUGCCACAGGCAUCAAGACGAGAUCGUUCGGCGCUGUCUUCAACGAGCUGGAAGCUUCGCUGCGCAUUCACCGCGCUCUGGGUAGUGUCCUUGGCGGUGUACAUCUAGAGUUGACAGGCGAUGCCGUCACCGAAUGUACUGGUGGAAGCGUCGGCUUGGAAGACGAGGACCUGGGUAGCCGUUACGAGACUUUCUGCGAUCCUAGACUGAAUGAGAAGCAAGCACUGGAGCUGGCUUUCUUGAUCGCUGGCUUCCAGAGGAAGGGCCGAGCCAGCGUUGCUGUCUGAGAGCAUCUCCGAGGGCCAGCAAGGACGCCGUAGCUAGGUAGCCACAAAAGUACACGAAUUCUC